CGGCGGCGGACGCGCCAGUGUGCCGGGCUCCGGCGAGUUCCCGGUCGGCCCUCUGAGUGCCGGAGGCUGCGUGUCCGCCGCGCUCCUGCCGCCCUGCGUUUCGCGCGGCCCAGCGGAGCGGAGCAGAGGCCGCCGCUCGGCCCACCCGCGGAGCGGUCCCCGAGCGAGGCAGGCAGCCGCCGAGAGCCCGGCCCUCUGCGGGUUGCACCGUGGUCUGGUGGCCGGCUCCGCUGCAGCCCCCGCCCAGCGAGCAGCCGCGCACCUGGGCCGGGGCCCGCACGCCCCCACACCGAGGCCCUUCUUCGGCCCUCCGCGGGGCCCGGGGGCUCGCGGCAGGCCGGACAGGGGCCCCCGGAGGACGCGGGUCUGCCGGAGCGCCUCGUUCUGAACACGCUCUUCACGGGCAAACCGCUGGCCGCUGGGCUCCAGGGCAGCGUGGCCGGGCGCCCAUGGCCGAGGCGGGGGCGGGCGAGCCGGCCCCUGGCUUGGAGGCGGAGCAGGCGACGGAGUGUGACACCCGGCCUUCUGACGCCGUCUCGCUCAGCGACUCGGACUCAGACCUCAGUUGGCCCGGCACUGCUGAGGUGGAGGCGCCGUCCCCCGAGGACUCCGGCCCCGAGGAGCCCCCCUGGUCGCCGGCAGGCCUCCCCGGCGCCGCCGCGCGGCCCUUCCUCCUCAGAGGCGUGAGCUCCACCUUCUCCCAGCGAAGCCACAGCAUCUUUGACUGCCUGGAGGGGGCGGCCAGGCGGGGGCCGACCUCUGCAGCUCCAGCCGGCAGGAGUGACAACCGUGGCCCCAAGCGGCCACCGAUGCCCUCGAGCCACCCUCCAGCGGCAGACCCUGACCCUCCGAGGGUGCCGCCUCUCCCUGACUAUGUGGCUCACCCUGAGCGCUGGACCAAGUACAGCCUGGAAGACGUGGCCGAGGCCAGUGAGCAGAGCAACCAGGCAGCCGCCCGGGCCUUCCUGGGCUCCCGCAGCCGGGCGGUCCCCGCUGACUACACGCCCUCCUUCAACCAGCGUCCCUCCAGCGGUGGGGAGGGCAGAGUCGUCUUCACCAAGCCCGUCCGAGUUGGUGAGGCCAGAGCUGAGAGGAAGAGGGCCCUGAAGAAGGGGGAUGUGCCAGGUGUUGGGGGCGAGGGUCCUGUGGAGCUGGCCCACCUGGUUGGGCUCGGGAGCCCAGAGGCCGAGGAGUGUGGUAGUGCCCUGGGGCUACAGGAUUUGGGGACACCUUCAGGGGCUGUCCACCCUGGAUCCUCACCAGGACCCCCAGGGGUGGAGAUGGUUGGUUUCCAUGGCAGCAAGAAGCGGAGCCGAGAGCACCUGCGCAAUAGGGGCAGCAGCCCUGAAAGCUCAGGGGCUGGGAUGGGAGGGGGACACUCAGACUGACCACACUGCCAUUGCCUGCCCAAGCAGAGACUGCUGAGUGGGCUGCAGUAUGGGGCCAUGGUCGCUGGGGUGGAUGGGGAAUCAUCCUCUUGGUAAGGAAGUUGAUUAGCUGCCUGGAGGAGGUGUCAGAGUUCUGGCUACCCAGUGUCCACGGGGGGACAAUAAAAGUUUUGGCUGUUCUGCA